ACAUUUGACAAUUGAAAAGAAAAUCUCAAUCGUGUGUGUGUGAGCGAAUUUAUUGUGAAAUAAUAAUUUUAUUAAAACUACGCUUAAUUAUCUAAUUAUUAGUGAAACUUCUGUGAUAUAGUUAUAAAUUAUUGAAAAUGUCGAAUCCGUGGAAAAAAGUUACUGAGCCGACUCUACAGUCGCAAAACCUUUCUGAUAUUAUGUCAGAGCAGUAUGCAAGGGGUCUUCAGGUGAAAGAAGAAUUGAAGUUUGCUGAGCAUAUAUCCGACCAACAUGUAAGCACGUCUGAUGAUAUUGAUCCAGAACUGCUGAAGCAGAUCGAAGAGGCCAACUUAAAAGAAUUCUGUGACUCAGACGCAAUUAUUGCAAAAGUGUUGCAAUGUCAAUUCGAUAAGGAAUACGACGAAGAAAUCAAAAGAGUGGAGAAGAAACGCAAUGGGGACGCGAAGGUAUCCGUAUCUUAUGAUAAUUACCGCACUGUACCAGAAAAUCUGAUCUAUGAUACAGAUUCUGAAGAUGAAGAUGUUGAAGUGGCUGAGAAUAAAGAUUGGGACCGCUUUGAGACCAAUGAGAAAGAGUUCGCGAGUCUUCCUAAACGAGGAUAUGCUAUGAGAGAUGGAGAGAUGGUCACUAAACAUGACAGUGUAAUUUCUGGUAGGAGGAAUGCCUGCAGAGUUAUGGCAUUCCCCCCCGAGGUGUGUACUGGCGACGGCGCGGGAUUCGACAUGAAACUGCCAAACUCUGUGUUCAAUCAUUUAAAAGAGCAAACUAGACACCAUCAGUCCCGUAAACAUAAAAUGUUGGAUCGUAAAGAGAUGCAGGCCACUGCUGAGAUGGGUCUGGAUGAACCAACCAGACUUAUUUUGUUCAAACUGAUUAACAAUGGAAUGUUGGAAAAUAUUAAUGGUAUAAUAUCUACAGGGAAGGAAUCUGUAGUUUUGCAUGCUCAUGGUGAUACUUCAUAUGAAGAUCUUACUGUACCAAAAGAAUGUGCAAUCAAAGUUUUUAAAACUACCCUGAAUGAGUUCAAAACACGCGAUAAGUAUAUUGAAGCGGAUUAUAGGUUCAAAGACCGUUUCUCUAAACAGAACCCACGUAAGAUUGUGCACAUGUGGGCUGAGAAGGAGAUGCACAAUAUGAUGAGGUUGCAGAAAAUUGGGGUGAACUGUCCUGAGAUGGUGUGCUUGAAGAAGCAUAUUCUGGUGAUGUCCUUCAUUGGGAGAGACAACAAGCCUGCACCAAAACUCAGGGAUGUUAUCCUGAAGCCUGAGAAAUGGCAGAGCGUAUAUAAUGAAGUUGUGGAGAACAUGCAUAAGAUGUACAAUGUAGGGCAUAUAAUACAUGCUGAUCUAUCAGAGUAUAAUAUCUUGUGGUGGGAGAACAAAUGCUGGUUCAUUGACGUAUCACAAUCUGUGCAACCUGAUCAUCCCAGUGGACUGGAGUUCUUGCUGAGAGAUUGCCGUAACAUUUGCAAUUUCUUUGACAAGAAAGGAGUACAAGACAUGAAGUCAGCUGACGAACUGUUCAAAUCAAUAACAGGUUUUGAAGAAGUUGAUGUCAACCUGCUUGAAGGCGUCCACACAACAUUCAACUCACUGUCUUGCCGCUUUGAGAUCUCUUUGGAUGAUAACAGGAACACAAGCUACCCAUUUGAGUACUGCUGGGUGAAGAGUAAUGAAGCAAAGAAGAGUGAUAAGAGUGGAAAUGAAGAGUCUGAAGAUGACGAUGAUGAGUUUGAAGAAAUGUGGACACACUCCAUCAAAAACAAAGUUGACACUGCAGCAGAUUUUGGCAAUGUAGUUCCUAUUGCUACGGGGUCAAAAGAAACUGCAAACAUCGUUGACAAUAAUGUCAAUUUUGGUAACGAAUUAAAUGUUACUAUACCAAAGCCACAACAAGAUAUACAUAAAAGGGGCAUUGAUAAAAAGUCUUAAGGUAUCAACAUACAUAUUUUUGACUAUAUUUAUGAUGUUUUAUAAUGCAAUAAUGGUAAUCAGUAAAACAAAAUACUAGUGCUAUAUGUGUUGUUCAUAGAAAAUACAAAAAAAAAAUAUACUUGGUAUCAAAUGUUUAUCUGUUCAUGAAAUAAAAGUGGCAUAUGUA